AUGGCUACAAAGGCGCAGCCUCUGUCAAUCGAAAGCUUGCUACAGAAGCAGAAAGAGGAGAAGGAAGCGUCGUCCAAACCCAGAUUCUUGACUAAGGAGCAGCGCGCAAAACUCGCAGUUGAGAAGCGCGAACAGGAGAUAAGGGAGCAGAAAGAGCGGGAUGAACAAGCGAAGCGCGACCGUGAACGGUUAGAGCGAGAGGCUGAGGAAAUCAGGGUGAGAGAGCGGGAGAGGGAGCGAGCGAGCAGGUACGGGGACAGUGGCAGAUACGGUGACAGGUAUGAGCGGGACCGAGGCAGAGACGACCGAGAGGGCAGAUAUGGCCGACGAGAUGACCGCAGGGACAGGGACCGACGACCACAAGACGACAGACGGUCUGGUUCCUACCAAGGUGUCCCAACAGGUCCUCGUGCAGAGCGAGGGAAAGCACCUCCGACUGGCCCUGCAGCGAACAACACCGCUUCUAUGCCUCCGCCUCCUCCACCUUCCGGCAGCUCGAACGGAACCCGCACGUCUGAUCUGACAACACCGUCGGAAGCAUAUGUACCGCCGAUGACGGUUAACGAGAUCGACGCAAUCCGCUCACGUUACCUCGGCGUCGACAAGAAGAAGCGAAAGAUCCGCAAGAUGAAUGACCGCAAGUUCGUCUUCGACUGGGACGAGCAGGACGACACGUACAAUGCAGAGACGCCCGCGGCCGUAGGCAGCCAGCGGCAGGGCGCGCAGAUAAUGUUUGGUCGCGGGCAUAUCGCGGGCAUGGAUGAUGGGGGAAACGUGCCUCCUAGUGGCAGGCAAAAUGGAAGCGAGGGUGCCAUGCAGCUGGCGGACCCGCUGGAGCGGAGGAAGGCGGCGAGGAGCGGCCUGGACGAGAGGCAUUGGUCGGACAAGCCGCUGGAGGAAAUGAAGGAGCGGGAUUGGCGUAUCUUCCGAGAGGACUUCAGCAUCGCUGCCAGAGGUGGUCAAAUCCCACAUCCGCUCCGUUCAUGGACCGAGUCUAUCAUCCCUCAACAGAUUCUGGAUGUCAUUGAUCAGGCUGGUUACAAGGAACCGUCUCCCAUUCAACGACAAGCCAUUCCUAUCGGCUUGCAGAACCGUGACAUCAUUGGUAUCGCAGAAACCGGAUCCGGUAAGACUGCUGCCUUCGUUAUUCCGAUGCUCGCGUUCAUCUCCAAGCUACCGCCCUUCACCGACGAGAACAGACAUCUCGGUCCUUAUUCGCUCAUUCUCGCACCUACACGCGAGCUGGCACAGCAGAUUGAGUCGGAGGCCAAGAAGUUCGCAAGUCCUCUAGGAUUCACUUGCGUGUCUAUCGUUGGAGGACGUGCCGUUGAAGAACAGCAAUUCAACCUGCGCUCCGGUGCCGAAAUCAUCAUAGCCACUCCUGGUCGUCUGAAGGACGUCAUUGAGCGACAUGUCAUCGUCCUCUCUCAAUGUCGCUACGUCGUAAUGGAUGAAGCUGACCGGAUGGUCAACCUUGGUUUCGAGGUGGACCUUACCUUUAUCCUCGACAAGCUCCCGAGCGACAUGAUGGAGGGCGAGGACCAGGGCGAGCAGAUGGAUGUCGACGGCGAAACCAUGAUCAAGAAAGGAAGGAACCGCGUCACGACUCUAUUCAGUGCUACAAUGCCGCCGCCGGUUGAGCGACUGGCUAAGAAGUAUCUGAGGAAGCCGGCAAUCAUCACUAUCGGUGAGGCGGGUAGGGCUGUGGACACGGUCGACCAGAAGGUCGAGUUCGUUAAUGGAGACGAGAAGAAGAAGCAAAAGAUGCUGGAGAUUCUCAACAGUGGAAUCUAUCCCGCACCUAUUAUUACCUUCGUCAACCAGAAGAAGACGGCAGACAUGGUUGCCAAGGAUCUUCAGCGUGCAGGAUGGAGCGCUGCGACGUUGCACUCGGGCAAAAGCCAGGAACAGCGAGAAGCCGCGUUACAGUCACUGCGUUCAGGCGACUCCGAUAUCCUUGUCGCGACCGAUCUUGCAGGUCGUGGUAUUGAUGUGCAGGACGUCAGUUUAGUUAUCAACUACCAGAUGGCCAACACCAUCGAGGCGUAUGUCCACCGUAUCGGUCGUACUGGUCGUGCCGGCAAGCAGGGUACUUCGAUCACUUUCCUGACGAACGACGACGAAGAAGUAAUGUACGAUCUCAAGCAAGAGAUCUCGAAGAGCCCGGUGUCGAAGGUGCCCAUGGAACUCGCGAGGCACGAGGCAGCGCAACACAAGGUGUCAAGGGAGAUGAAGCGCAAGCGGGACGCGGACGACCAGGGCUAAGCGUCGGUCUGGUCGUGUGGAGGAUCUGCGCUGUCGUGGAAAGGAAAACUUUCGUCACCGCGGGAGGGUAUAGGGUAUGGCAGCGUGUAUAUGAACGAACGUGUGGUGAGAGGCUCCUGCUGUAUUUCACUGUUACGCUAGUC